AUGGCUCACGCAGCCUCCGCAUUGAAGAAGAACCGGGACGUGGAUGUCAAUGCUAUCGAGGAUGAGAAAGAAAAGAAAAGGAGAAUUAAGAAACUUGCGUCCCGGGAACAAAAGAGAAAGUCGGACAGCAAUGCCAGUUACCUGCGAGCAGCGCGGGCUGGGAACCUUGAAAAGGCCCUGGAUUACCUGAAGUCUGGGGUGGAAAUCAACAUCUGCAACCAGAAUGGAUUGAACGCUCUUCAUCUGGCCUCUAAGGAGGGUCAUGUGGAGGUGGUGGCUGAGCUGCUGAAGCUAGAAGCCAAUGUGGACGCAGCAACCAAGAAAGGAAACACCGCUCUUCACAUAGCCUCCCUGGCCGGCCAAACGGAAGUGGUGAAAGAGCUGGUCACCAAUGGAGCCAAUGUCAACGCACAGUCUCAGAAUGGCUUCACCCCACUGUACAUGGCUGCCCAGGAGAACCAUCUGGAGGUGGUUCGCUUCCUCCUGGAACACAACUCCAGCCAGAGUAUGGCCACCGAGGACGGGUUCACUCCUCUGGCGGUGGCCCUGCAGCAGGGGCAUGACCAGGUGGUGUCUCUGCUCCUGGAGAAUGACACCAAGGGCAAGGUGCGUCUGCCCGCCCUGCACAUCGCCGCCCGCAAGGACGACACCAAGGCUGCAGCGUUACUUCUCCAGAACGACCACAAUGCAGAUGUAGAGUCCAAGAUGAUGGUGAAUAGAACGACAGAGAGCGGCUUCACUCCUCUCCACAUCGCUGCUCACUAUGGCAACAUCAACGUGGCCACGCUUCUGCUGAACCGAGGGGCCGCUGUGGACUUCAUGGCCAGGAAUGACAUCACACCUCUCCAUGUGGCAUCUAAAAGAGGAAAUAGUAACAUGGUCAAACUGCUGUUGGACAGAGGCUCCAAAAUAGAUGGCAAAACCAAGGACGGACUGACACCUCUUCACUGUGGAGCGAGGAGUGGUCAUGAACAAGUGGUUGAGAUUCUGCUGGACCGCGGAGCACCCAUUCUGUCCAAGACAAAGAACGGGCUGUCCCCUUUGCACAUGGCCACUCAGGGCGACCACAUCAACUGUGUCCAGCUACUCCUCCAGAAUGACGUCCCUGUCGAUGAUGUCACCAAUGACUACCUGACAGCGCUACACGUGGCCGCCCACUGUGGACACUACAAAGUGGCCAAGCUCAUAGUGGACAAGAAAGCCAACCCAAACGCUAAAGCACUGAACGGCUUCACCCCGCUUCACAUCGCCUGCAAGAAGAACCGCGCCAAAGUGAUGGAGCUGCUGCUGAAACACGGCGCAUCGAUCCAGGCUGUGACCGAGUCUGGACUUACUCCUAUCCACGUGGCAGCCUUCAUGGGACAUGAUAACAUUGUCAACUCUCUGACACAUCACGGAGCUUCACCCAACACCACCAAUGUGAGGGGUGAGACAGCGCUGCACAUGGCAGCACGGGCGGGUCAGGCAGACGUUGUGCGAUACCUGCUGCAGAAUGGAGCUAAUGUGGAGACCAAGGCCAAGGACGACCAGACGGCGCUGCACAUCUCUAGCCGGCUGGGGAAGGCUGACAUCGUCCAGCAGCUGCUGCAGCGGGGGGCUUCUGCCAAUGCUGCCACCACGUCAGGCUACACACCCCUCCACCUGGCUGCCCGCGAGGGCCACGAGGACGUAGCUGCCAUGCUGCUGGACCAGGGUGCAUCGCUCUCAGCCUCCACUAAGAAAGGGUUCAGUCCUCUUCACGUGGCAGCCAAGUAUGGGAAGAUGGAAGUGGCCAGCCUGCUUCUUCAGAAGAAAGCAGCUCCAGAUGCAGCUGGAAAGAGUGGGCUAACUCCACUGCAUGUAGCUGCUCACUACGAUAAUCAGAGAGUGGCUCUACUGCUUCUGGAUCAGGGAGCAUCUCCCCACGCCUCCGCCAAGAAUGGCUACACACCCCUCCACAUAGCUGCCAAGAAGAACCAGAUGGACAUAGGGACCACGCUACUGGAGUACGGGGCGGACACCAACGCUGUGACCCGCCAGGGCAUCAGUCCUGUUCACCUGGCUGCACAGGAGGGCAGUGUGGACCUGGUCUCUCUGCUCCUCACCAAGAACGCCAAUGUCAACAUGGGCAACAAGAGCGGCCUCACACCCCUCCACUUAGCAGCGCAGGAGGACAAAGUCAACGUGGCAGAAGUCCUGCUCAACCAGGGGGCGGACAUCAACCCCGAGACAAAGAUGGGAUACACUCCGCUGCACGUGGCGUGUCACUAUGGAAACGUGAAGAUGGUCAACUUCCUGCUAAAGAACCAGGCCAGAGUUGAUGGCAAAACAAAGAACGGCUACACGCCCCUCCACCAGGCGGCGCAGCAGGGUCACACCCACAUCAUCAACCUGCUGCUGCAGCAUGGAGCCUCGGCCAAUCAGCUGACCGUGAACGGGAACACAGCCUUGUCCAUUGCCCGUCGCCUUGGUUACAUCUCAGUGGUGGACACUCUCAUGCCGCUGACUGAUGAGAAUCUGACCUCUGUGACUACAACAGAAAAACACAAAAUGAACGUCCCCGAGACCAUGAACGAGUUUCUGGACAUGUCUGAAGAUGAAGUUAAGGCUAAUGUGCCGGAAAUUCUCAAUGAGGACUGUAUUUCAGAUGUUGACGAAGGUGAGGAUGCAAUGACCGGAGACACUGACAAAUAUCUGCGGCCCCAGGACCUCAAGGAGCUGGGGGACGACUCUCUUCCGCAGGAGGGCUACAUGGGGUUCAGCAUAGGAGUCCGCUCAGCGAGCCUCCGCUCCUUCAGUUCGGAUAGGUCCAACACCCUCAACCGCAGCUCCUACGCACGGGACAGCAUGACGAUAGAGGAGAUCCUCGCCCCGACCAAGGACACACACCUGGCUGUAACCCGAGACUACGAUGCAGAGUGUCUGAGGCGUUACAGCUGGACCCCAGACACCAUGGACCACAGCAACACUGUGUCCAGCCCCAUUCACUCAGGAUUCCUGGUUAGCUUCAUGGUGGAUGCUCGUGGGGGGUCCAUGAGAGGAAGCCGAAGCAACGGCAUGCGUAUCAUCAUCCCGCCCCGGAAGUGCACAGCUCCCACCCGCAUCACCUGCCGCCUGGCCAAGAGGCACAAGCUGGCCUACCCCCCACCCAUGGUGGAGGGAGAGGGCCUGGUCAGCCGGCUGGUUGAGGUCGGUCCUGCAGGAGCCCAGUUUCUGGGCCCUGUGAUUGUGGAGAUUCCUCAUUUUGGCUCCAUGAGGGGGAAGGAGAGGGAGCUGAUUGUACUCAGGAGCGACAACGGUGACACAUGGAAGGAACACCAGUACGACUGCCAUCCAAGUGACAUCACAGACAUUCUGAACGGGAUGGACGAAGAACUUGACAGCAAUGCUGAGCUGGAGAAGAAGCGGAUUUGUCGGAUCAUCACCAGGGACUUCCCCCAGUACUUUGCGGUGGUGUCCAGAAUCAAGCAGGAGAGUAACCACAUGGGUCCAGAGGGCGGGACGCUGACCAGCCAGACAGUGCCCAUGGUCCAGGCCUCCUUCCCCGAGGGGGCGCUCACCAAGAAGAUACGCGUUGGCCUGCAGGCUCAGCCCGUCCCAGACGACAUGGUGAGGAAUCUUCUCGGCAACAGGGCCACCUUCAGCCCUAUAGUUACCGUGGAGCCCAGGAGGAGGAAGUUCCACAAGCCCAUUACCAUGACGAUCCCUGUCCCGCCCCGAUCUGCAGAGGGCCACCCCAGUGGACACAGGGGGGACUCCACCCCCUGCCUGCGCCUCCUCUGCAGCAUCACAGGUGGAACAUCUCCUGCCCAGUGGGAGGACAUCACAGGGACCACUCCCCUGUCCUUUGUCACAGACUGUGUUUCCUUCACAACAAACGUGUCGGCCAGGUUCUGGCUUACAGACUGUCACCAGACUCCUGAGACGGUCAGUCUGGCCUCUCAGCUAUACCGGGAGCUGAUCUGUGUGCCAUACCUGGCCAAGUUUGUGGUGUUUGCCAAGAUGAACGAUCCUGUGGAGUCACGCCUCCGCUGCUUCUGCAUGACGGACGACAAAGUAGACAAGACUCUGGAACAACAGGAGAACUUUGAAGAGGUGGCCAGGAGCAAGGACAUUGAGGUCUUGGAGGGCAAGCCUAUCCAUGUGGAUUGCUAUGGCAACUUAUCUCCUCUUAGCAAGAGUGGGCAGCAGCUGAUCUUUAACUUCUUCUCUUUCAAAGAGAACCGGCUUCCUUUCAAUGUGAAGGUCAGAGACAUGGGCCAAGAACCAUGCGGUCGACUCUCAUUCUUGAAAGAGACAAAAACCACUAAAGGUCUUCCACAGACUGCUAUAUGUAAUUUGAAUAUCACACUGCCAACUCAUAAGAAGACUGAAAAACCAGACCGACGUCAUACCUUUGCCUCCUUAGCUUUGCGUAAGCGCUACAGCUAUCUGACCGACCCUGCAGCGAAAACAACUGAUCGGAGCUCGCCGAGAACACAGCCUACUGGCUACACUCACAAACCUGUCUUUUCAACGAGAUCUUAUCAGGCGUGGUCGGCUGUUCCUGUCUCCGUCCCUGGCCAAGCCAAGUCUGGAUUUGGUUCCCACUCCAGUUCAUCGUCCAACACGCCCAAUGCCUCUCCACUGAAGUCCGUGUGGUCCAUCACCUCGGCGUCCCCCAUCAAGUCCAACAUAAGCGGCUCACCGGCCCAUUCCAUCAAGUCAGUCAGCGACGUAGCUUCCCCCAUCAGGUCGUACAGGACCAUUUCAUCGCCAAUAAAGACUGUAGUUCAGCAGUCCCAGUACCCAGUUCAGGUUACCCCCAGUCUCCAGUCAUCACCAGUCAGAAGCGUUCCAGACCAUGUUUCCAUCAAGGGACUGGCAGCAUUGUCUACUAGAACCUCUCCUAUCACCACUGGUGGAGGGUGUCUGCUAGAAAGGUCAUCAAUCGCCAUGACGCCACCUGCUUCCCCUAAAUCCUCACUGAACAUGUACAGUUCAACUCUUCCAUUCAAGGGUGUCAUUGUGGGCACUGGCACCACAACAUCGUCCUCUCCUAUAAAAACUGUUCCUGGCCUCUCCUCUGUCCGGUCCAGUGCAGACCCCUCAAGCCCCUCAAGGAGUCUCUUUUCCUCCCUCUCAUCACCAAUUAAAUCCAACACUCCUCCUAGUGCUGCAGCUCUGAUCAAUGGAACAGUUUCCCCUACAAAGUACCGCUCCUCCUCCCCCACGUCCCUACUCUCCAGCAGCUUACAGGGGAGGAUACAGGCAACCACCAAUGCAGCAACAACAAGCGUAAAUGCAGCCUUUGAUGAGGUUGAAAAAACGUUCAAUUCCUGCUCUGCCUCUGGAUAUGGCACUCUCAAGUCCAUGUCCUCCUCAGCGUCAUCCUCUUACCAGUCCAUAAGAUCCUCAGCCUCUAGUUCCCUAUAUGCCUCUUUAAGGUCCCCACCAAACCCACCAAACACAAUGACUGUCCCAGUGUAUUCAAUUAUAAAUGUUUUGCCAGAACCCCAAUUUAAAAAGCUCCCUGAGGUGUCAAAGUCAGCUGCUGCCCUCUUGUCCCCUCGAAAAACUAUGCCUGCUGAGACAAACUCUCAAGCCCAGUCUUCCUUUGCCAGAACUCUGUCACCUGUCAAAUCCCCCUUAUUCAUGUCCCCGGCUGCCCUAAAAUCCACCACCUCAUCCCCGCUGUCCUCCAGCCAAGAGAUACUGAAGGACGUGGCAGAAAUGAAAGAGGACUUGAUACGGAUGUCUAACAUCUUGCAAACAGAACCAAGUUCAGCCUCCAAAGGUUUCCAGUCUGACUUCCCCAAAGAGGCUAGAAUGGAGGACGAGGAGCCUUACAGAAUUGUAGAGAAAGUGAAACAGGACCUGGUCAAAGUUAGUGAGAUACUAACCAAGGAUACGGUCAAGGAUAACAAGACAGCUUUUAAAACAAAUACAACACAUGAGGCACAGUUCUCUAAACAAGUGCCAGCGGAUCCCCAGCAAAGCAACUGGAGUUAUCCACCAAGAUAUGAGACAGUGGUCCCUCAAAUCAAAACUAAGACUAUACCAGACAGAGAUUUCAAUCUAUCGAAGGUAGUAGACUACUUGACAAAUGACAUUGGCAGUAGCUCUAUCUCAAAAAUUACAGAUGUAAAGCAUAGAUCUGAUGAGGUUAGAAGAGAAGGGGAGGAGAAACAGAAACGUAUGCUUAAACCUGAGCACAAGCUGAAAAUGCCACCCGCAAACAUGCGGUCCUCUGCCUCAGAAAAGGAGCUCUGUAAACUAGCAGAUGUGCUAUUUGGGCCUGACGCCAUGUUAGAAUCUCCAGAUGACAUCUCACAUGACCAGGACAAGAGUCCCCUCUCAGACAGUGGCUUUGAGACAAGGAGUGAAAGGACGCCAUCUGCCCCACAGAGUGCAGAAGGCAUGGGACCCAAGACGCUUUUCCAGGAUAUUCCACCGGUAAUCACGGAGACAAGGACUGAGGUUGUUCAUGUUAUUAGGAGCUAUGAGUCUCCUGAAGAUAACAAGCAACCAAUGAUGGAGGAUACAAGGGCGGUUAGAUACAUUGAUGCUGAACCCAAAGGGCUGAAUGCAUCCAAUGUGGACCAAACUAAAUCAUUUCAGAUGAAAAUCAGCCCGGACGAUGACUCGAUGGGCAAGGGCAUGCGAGUUAAGGAAGAGACCCACAUCACGACUACCACCCGAAUGGUGUACCACAAACCCCAGAGUAAAGAGAAUACAUCAGAGAGGAUUGAAGAAUCAAUGUCAGUGCAUGAUAUCAUGAAAGCUUUCCAGUCCGGCAGGGAUCCCUCCAGAGAACUUGCUGGACUGUUUGAGCACAAGGCCGGCAAUGAUGACACACCACAGAGAGUUCUUGAAGAUAUCAGCUUAAAGCCCAAAGUUGAAAGAAUAAUUGAGGUUCACAUUGAAAAGGGUCCUCAGAGUCCCUGUGAGCGAACAGACCUGCGGAUGGCCAUUGUGGCCGACCACCUGGGACUUAGCUGGACUGAGCUGGCUCGGGAAAUGAACUUUUCUGUCGACGAGAUCAACCACAUCCGAGUGGAGAACCCCAACUCCUUGACAGCGCAGAGCUUCAUGCUGCUAAAGAAAUGGGUCAGCCGGGACGGUAAAAACGCAACGACGGAUGCCUUAACUGCAGUGCUGACCAAAGUCAAUCGGAUGGAUAUUGUGACUUUACUGGAGGGGCCGAUAUUUGACUAUGGUAACAUUUCAGGCACGAGAAGUUUUGCCGAUGAUAACGCUGUUUACCUGGAUCAGGCUGAUGAUUAUCACUGCAUCCUAGCGGAGCUGCAGUCCCCAGCCCAACUGCACUCUGACCCUUCCUUCACAGAGCUCUACUCUGAACCCCCUACCCUCACCAUUGACCCCGAAGCUACCCCUGUCCAGCUCAACCCAGACCCUCCUAUCUUCAUCCCCACCAAGUCUGAGUCCUGGGCCGACCACAUGGAGCCUAGUGUGCAGCCUGACUCCUCCACUAGGAGCCCUUCUAGACCCUAUGAGCUGUCCCUGUACAUUCCCACCCUUGACUUAGAUCCCACCGCUGCCACCAACACAGGAAUGGCUAAAGUUGACCAGGUGCUGAUAGUGGAAGAAGAGAAAAAGGAAGUGGACAUAAUCCUCCAACAGAUGUCAUUCGCUUCCCCUGAACAGUGUGAAGUAGAAAAAGAGGUCAAAGAGCAAGUCUCCUUCUUAUCAUCUUUCUCCUCCCCAUCAUCACCUUGGCAAGCACAGCAGGACAGCAGACAGGCAGGGGCUGAGGAGGUCGUGAAGGGAGAUGGUGAGGAAGUGGUGGAGGCAGGUUGGCACAGUGAGACAUUCAGCGUCAACGUGGAGCCGCCCACACCCGGCCGCAGUGUGAGCUCAGACCUGCUAGACCGCCAGGAAAAUAGCCAGGAGAACUCCAGUGACUCCGUCACCUCUUCCUCUAGAGGGGAGCCAGGGAGGUCCAGGCACAAUGGCGAUCACACGGAGCUACCACCUCAUGACGGGUCACUUCCUGUAUCGCAGGACUCAGCCAACAGAAGAGCUGGACAUGGGACGGAAGAAGGCGUACUUGUGUCUGAGAAGAAAGUCCAGGGAGAACAGGCAAAGAAUAUUCCGGGUGAAUCAGUGACAGAAGAACAGUUUACCGAUGAAGACGGUAACAUCAUCACUAGAAAAGUCAUCAGAAAAGUCAUCAGGCGGGUGUCCAUGCCUGACGACCAGGGCGGGGACAGGGGGAGGUGGGACCGAGGAGACCUCUGGCCUUGCCCUUUCUCACUGGAGGAGGAGCUAGAGCAAGGAGAUGGAGCUAAAAGCAGGAGGAAGGAGGAGAGGUUGGGAGAAAAGAAGCUUCACUCGUAGGGCUAGCUGUGCUCCACCAGGUGUGCAGGAAUUAUUCUCAUCGGUUUCCACGGCAGAAAGUUACAAACAACUAGAAAACUAAAGGAAAAUAGGAAAUUUCAGCCAAUACUUCCAACGUGUGGUUUUCAAGCGUGAAGAACUUGACCCGUCUGAUUUUAGCAUGAGCAUGAAAAACUCACUCCCUGUCAAUUGAGGGAUCUGGAAGGUUCUCACCAUGGAAUCUGAAUUCUAAUUGUACAGCUCUCACUUCCUGUGGUCUAUGGACCAGAAGAAUUAUGCUUCCUGUUUGUGACUCGUAACGUGCCAUUGGUGUCAUGAGAGCUUUUGAGGAUCAUUGUGGUGACACAGAAAAAGGACUCCAUUACAGAAAAACUACAAGUGGUCGUGAGUAAAACCAUUGGUGUCGUGAGAGCUUUUGAGGAUCAUUGUGGUGAGACCGAAAAAAGACUCCAUUACAGAAAAACCACAGGUGCAACUGAACAUACACUUCCCUGUGACCAAAGAUGGCACAAAAGCUCAGUUCUAGUAGUAGGAGAAAGAAACUCAACAAAAUGACACAAAAACAAGAGGAUCACUUCUGAUCCACCUCCAACACUCGCCUUAUAUUUUUUUCUUGGACCCAUAAAUGUCAGGUUGUAAAUUGCUGGGGGUUUUGUUUUCCUUUUUAAACCUGAAAAUAACAAUACUUUUUUCUGUAUAGAAAUUACAAUCUGUACAAUUCUAAAAUGAUGAGUUACAAGAUGAUAAUGCAGAGGAGAGAACUUUACAAGUGCUUUCAACAUGAUUAUCAAAAUGGUUCCACUUUUUUGGAAGAUUUGAGUGAACUUCACAUGUUGUUGUAUAAUUAAUUAUUAUAGCAGGUAUAACAUUUGUAUAGGAAAAAAGCUGGUUUGAUUUUAACAGAGGAAAUUUCCAGAAAAUCUUCUGCAAAUUUCAGUGAUUCCCAAAAUGGGGAUGUAUCUAAUUCUGCAAAAGCAGUCUUUCAGAGUACUCAUAUUUUCAUGCAUGCCUUUCACAUUAUUUUAAGUAAAAUUUGUACAAGUUUGCAAACACUGUAUUAAAAUUAGAAUUAAAACCCUUUAUCUGUGUACAAAUAUAGCCCUAACAUUUGUCACCAGUUUUAUAUUUGAAAUGAGAGAAAAAAUAAAAACCAUAAAAGUGUUUUUUUUUGUCUCGGACGAGGAACAGUAUGAAGAAAGUUUGUUCUAUAGCUUCUUGAGGAUUACCGUUUGUCUAUGUACAACUGAAGGGCGGUUUCUGCAGGGUUUAUCAUAAACGCUACGAGAAAGGAGUAAUCUGAAUGUAUAUGCUAGAAGACUGGCUCGCUGUAAAAUUAUAAAUGUAUUGUGUGUAUUGGCUAUAAGGUGUAGAGGUCGCUGUACGCUGUAAGACUGUUAGUAAUCAUUUUAGCAGUGUGUCAAUUGGUUUUAUAAAGGCUGCUGUGGUUUUAAAGAAGAGGGUUUGGGGUUUUUGUGAAGUAUUUCCUUAAGUUUAAUCUACUCACAUAGAGACACACAAGACAUUCUUUGAUUGUAACUCUUAAUAGCAUAUGUAUGACAAAAACACUGGAUGGUCAAAACGAUUAUUUAAGCAUAAAAUAAAUUGUGUUAAACUCUGAAAUUGUGUGAUCUUUUUAGGCUUUAGAAUCUAUGCAGUGUCUAACUAGCAUUGUUUUGAUAGCUCAUUGGCGAUUACUUUGCAUUAGAUCUUCUCUUUGUAUUGGUUAGACUAGAGGCCCAUGUAGUUCAAGUGUGGUGUUAUUCUGGUGUGAAGGCUCAGACUUAGUGUGAUGAUGUUUAUGCUGUGGACAUGACAACCAUGUAAAGGACUUCAUUUCUUUUGACAAGUGAAGCAAUUUAGGGUAUUGUAUCAUAUAUCCUAUCUUACAUGUCAAUCAGGGGGUAGAGGGUAAUUUGAUAUGGUUGAACUAUCAAUUUUGUCAAUUUUGUUUGAUAUCUGUUUUCAACUGAGCAAAUUUUUCGAUGUACAAUUCUUACUAACAGAGUGAAGCCAUUGAAAUGUAACUAUUCUAGCACUUUGGUUAUUCAAAGUCUUCUUUUAGAGGCUAUAGAAGCAAUGACGCCACCACAAUGUUUCAAGCGUCUUAAAAAAUGUAAUUUAAAAACAAAAUAAAUAAAAAAGCAUUGGUUUUGAAA